AUGAUGACUCUGAAGGUUCAGAUCCUGUUUGGGUUCCUUUUCUGCAUGAUUCUUCUGCCUGCAGAUGGCUUCCCAGCAGACCCCAGUACUGAAUUUCGCUCUGCAUUCUCUGUGGCCAGAACCAGCAGCAUGGAAGGGAGCUCUGAAAUGGUCAUUACCUUUGACAAAGUGUACGUGAACAUCGGCAAUGACUUCGACCCCAAGACCGGAUUGUUCCGCUGUCGGAUCCCUGGAGCCUACUACUUCUCCUUCACUGUCGGGAAAUACCCGAAGAAAAACCUGUCUGUCAUGCUGAUGAGAAACAAGAACGAGGUGCAAGUGAUUGUGUAUGAUGAACACCACCGCAAGGAGCGUAAGGUAGCCAGCCAGAGUGCCAUGCUGCAGCUUGACUACGGUGACACCGUUUGGCUGCGCUUACAUGGAGAUCCCAAGUACGCUCUUUACAGCAACGUGGGUCCCUUCAUGGGCUACCUAAUCUAUCCAGACACUUCUGCCUUCUUCCAGAAUGCUCUUAGCUCUCAAGAGCUGGGGCCACACCGUCACACUAUUCAGCCGCUUCCCGGAGAGCAGAAUGAGGCUCCACAGCACCACGUGUUGUCCGACCAACCGAACAGGCAGCAAGACCCUCGCUCUGCGUUUUCUGUCGCCCGCUCACAAAGCCUUCUGGGGACCGAUGACAAACAAACCCAGCAUGAGCCAAUCACGUUUGACACGGAGUUUGUGAACAUUGGAAAAGAUUUCAAUUCCUCCACUGGCAUCUUCUCCUGCCGUAUACCCGGCGCAUACUAUUUCUCUUUCACCAUUGGCAAAAUGCCCUUUAAGACUAUGUCAGUGAAACUUAUGAAGAACCACAACGAGGUGCAGGCCAUGAUCUAUGAUGACAACCACUCCAAGAGGCGGGAGAUGCAGAGCCAGAGUAUCAUGCUGCCUCUGCAAUACGGGGACACGGUUUGGCUCUACAGCCAUCAGCACGAUGGCUACGGCGCCUACAGCAACCACGGCAAGUACAUCACCUUCACUGGCUUCCUGAUCUACCCAGAGGCUCAGCCAAAGCGGCUUCCAGGUGCCGGCUCACCCCAGGGGCUGAAUAAUUGA